GGGCUCGAGGCAUUGGGCUGAAGAAGCGAGCGCACGCCGGCGGGGCGGAGGCCGGCUUUGGGCUUCGGGCCGCCCCUUCCCCCCCACCCCGCCCACACCCGGCACUUACUUCGGCUGUCUCCGCUGCCCUUCAGCGGAGACGCAGCUCCUGAGGCGCUAGGCGGCAUUUGUUGGGUCGGCGGCGUCAGCGUUCAGCGGUGGCGUGCGGUCGGCGUCGUGCGGCCGGCGUCGUGCGGCCCCUGGUGCGCCCCCGCGGCAGGCAGAGCUCACGCUCCUCCCCCCCGGUUGGUCCGGGGUCUGGUGCACCGCGUCGACGGCUGCUCCGGAGGACGCGCAGACCGGGCCGCAGCCCAUGCCCCGAGCGGACUGUAUUAUGAGGCACCUGCCUUACUUCUGCCGGGGCCAAGUGGUGCGGGGCUUCGGCCGCGGCUCCAAGCAGCUGGGCAUCCCCACAGCUAAUUUUCCUGAGCAAGUGGUAGACAAUCUUCCAGCUGAUAUAUCCACUGGCAUUUACUAUGGUUGGGCCAGUGUUGGAAGUGGAGAUGUCCAUAAGAUGGUGGUGAGCAUAGGAUGGAACCCAUAUUACAAGAAUACGAAGAAGUCUAUGGAAACACAUAUCAUGCAUACCUUCAAAGAGGACUUCUAUGGGGAAAUCCUCAAUGUGGCCAUUGUUGGCUACCUGAGACCAGAAAAGAACUUUGAUUCUUUAGAGUCACUUAUUUCAGCAAUUCAAGGUGAUAUUGAAGAAGCUAAGAAACAACUAGAGUUACCAGAACAUUUGAAAAUCAAAGAAGACAAUUUCUUCCAGGUUUCCAAAAGCAAAAUAAUGAAUGGCCACUGAUGAAAAAUUGUAUUAUUUAUUCAUUCCCUGUUUUCUAGUGUUUCUGUGUUUAUUACUGUCCAGAUCAUCUUGGUUAUACACUAAAAAUCAAACACUUUACUACAGUUGUGAAUUAGUUUAAACAAUAGAAUGUUGUUAUCAUAUCAUGCUUCAACUGUUAAAUUAAGCCCAUCAUGUCAUAGCACUAAAAAGAUUGAGUUAAAAAUCAAGAUUUAAAAAAUAUAUAUUGAUUAAAAUGUACCACUAGAAAGGUAUUACAUGUGUGUAAGUGUGGGUAAAAAGACAAGUCACUGGUUUGUGAUGAAAACUAAAAUUUUCAUGGUAAAAUGCCAGCAUGUAUGUACUUGUGUAAUGUGUACUUCUAAACAGAGAAGGCUUAUAAAAGUAAAUGCAUUAAGGCCAAGUGCAGUGGCUCACACCGCUAAUCCCAGCACUUUGGGAGGCCGAGGUGGGAGGAUUGCUUGAGCUCAUGAGUUCAAGACCAGUCUGGGCAACAUAGCGAGACCCCAUCUCAAUAAAAAAAAAAGGAAAUGCAUUAAAUAGAAGGUUGAUAGUUUAUCAUAAACCUGCGGGGAAGAAACUCAGACUUUCUAUUUUUGAUACUUUGUGCAUUAAUACAUUACAAACAUGAAGAUGUUUGUAAAAUUUUGUUUUAGUCAUCUUCUUUGCAGUCACAUCAUUGUACUACCUUCAUUAUUGUACAGAGCUGCUUCAAUUCUGAGUCCUCUGGACUUCCCCUGCCUGUUUUUUGUUGUUGUUGAAGACAGUAAAAUAAGUGUUUUCAAAUCUGUAUGUCUCCUUUUUGUUGGAUAAUGUUUCUUCAUUUUAACAGUAAAUAUUCUUGUUCUUCAACAUUUUUCUUUGGUUCUUUUUUCCUUUUUUAGGAAAAACAAAACAACAGACUUCAUCCUUAGGUUUUCUCAAGAUUUAAGUGAACACAUUUACACGUAUCAAUUUCUUAAAGAACACAAAAUGUUUCCCCCCUAGCAAAACUAUUUAAGAGCCAAUUAAACUAUGAAAUAGUUAUAAAAUCAUUUUUAAUAUUUAAGGCCUUGAAAUUAUAUUCCAAGGCAAAUCUAAACGGGUUUAGUUGUAUAUGCACGAUGUAAUUUAAUGCUAAAGAGUACUUACAGCUUGAGGGAAAAGCAUGAAGUUUUAGUUAAAUAGCCUUCAUACUGUGGAUUUUUCCUCCUACUAACUAAUAUGUGGGAAAUUAAGAUUACAGAUUGCUUUGGGCCCCCUCAAACAGUACAUUGCAUCAUUGUUCACUGUAGCAACAGAUUUGGUGGUGAUGGGGGGAUAGAGGUAGAAGCAGAUAGAAGGUAAUUUUAAAGUUAAUUUAUUAUGAAUCAUUUUCCCCUAAUCUGCAUAAGUGAAUUAGAACUGAUCUUAGUAAAAAUAUUUUGUAUAAAAAGUACUCAGAAAAACAUCUAAAGCUGUUGGAGAAGAGGUACUCAUAAAUACAGUUAGAUUGUGUUUUGCUUUUUAUUUCUUUAUAAAAAUAUGUCAAAAACAGUUUUUACUUUUAGAACUCUUAUACUUGAAAGAAGCCUCUAUCAGUGGCUUUAUGAAGUAAAGUUAAAAACAAUCAUAGGAAAUGUGAAAAUAUUUGUGUUUGUUUUGUCUGACUAGCUUGCUGCUAAAUGCUCUCUUUAGGUGUGUGAAAGUUCUUUGAUAUGUUAUUGUCCCUUUACAUCUUGUUAAAUAGCCAUUGCUUUUGAGAAUCAGAUAGUGUGUUGUUUAGGGGUUGUGUCUAUAUUUUUCAAAAACUUUUAUAUUAUGUAUUAUAAGAAGUUACAGUAGUACCAUUUUGAUUAGUCUGAAUGUUUUCAGGCCUUGAAAUAAAUUUUGACUAAGUGAUAUUUUUUCUU